CGCGUCUACCACACCUACUACCAGUGGGUCUGUUUUGUGCUCUUCUUCCAGGCGCUCGCCUUCUGGGCGCCCCGCUUCAUCUGGAAGAUGGCCGAGGGCGGACUGACGCGCAACCUGGUGCUCGGCCUGAACAGCCCCCUGCUGAACGGCGAGUCGAGGGAGGCCAGCAUCCGCCUCCUCACCGAGUACUUCACUGCAAACAUGCACCUCCACAAUGGCCGCUUCUUCACCUACGCCGCCACGGAGACGCUCAACCUGCUGAACGUCGUCCUGCAGAUGCUAAUGCUGGACCGAUUUCUGGGCAACCAGUUCUCCAGCUACGGCAUUGAGGUGCUCAAGUUCACCGAGUGGGACGAGGCGGUCCGCUUCGAUCCGAUGAUCAAGAUCUUCCCUCGCAUGACCAAGUGCGACUUCUACAACUUCGGCGCCAGUGGCUCCAUCGAGCGGAAGGACGCCCUCUGUCUGCUGCCGAUCAACGUCCUCAACGAGAAGAUCUUCAUCUUCCUCUGGUUCUGGCUGUACCUGCUGGCGGUGCUCUCCGCCCUCACCCUCCUCUACCGCGCGCUGACCAUCUUCAUUCCGACGCUGCGGGUGAUGGCCCUCAACUCGCACUGUCGCCUGAGCAACUCGCGGGCAAUUAAGCAGGUGCUCAGCAAGGGCAGCAUCGGCGACUGGUUCAUGCUCGACCUGCUGGCGAAGAACAUGGAGGCGUCCAACUUCAAGGAGCUCAUCGUCCGCCUGAAGGAGAAGUUUGAGACGGACGCCGACGCCGAGUCGCUCGAUCUCCUCAAAGACAAGCUCAAUCUACUUAGUGAGAAGCUCUCCUUUAUGGAGAAGAGAUGA